CUCUCUAAAAAAAAGGUCACACACAGGUAGUCUCUCUCCUUUUCUCCUCACGCAGAAGAACAGAACAACAUGAGCAGCGGCGUUGGCGGUUCUAGGGUUUCAAUCCCCAACAAUGUACGGAAAACGAUCCACGACAUCAGAGAGAUCACUGGCAAACAGCACAGCGACGAUGAAAUCUUCGCUGUCCUUAAGGAGUGCGCCAUGGAUCCCAACGAGACCGCUCAAAAGCUCUUAUAUUUAGAUACUUUUCAUGAGGUGAAAAGAAGACGUGACCGGAGAAAGGAGAGCUUAAACAACAAAGCAUCUGAAGAGAGGUCAACAUCGGGUGUGCAGAGGAGAGGUGCUAGAGGUGGUGGCCAAGGAAAUUAUGGUUCUAAUUUUUCUUCGGAUGCCGGUGGUGGAAAGAAUGCAGGGAGAAGAGAAAUUGGGGCGAAUCACACUGCAGAUAGAGGUUCAUUGCCAUUUUCACAGAGAACAAAAAAUAAUGCCACACCCCGAGUCACAAAGGCAUCAACUGCCUUACCUAAUGGCACCACAAAUCUAUCUAAUGGGACUUCUAGUCACGGUUGGACUUCUAGUCACGGUUAUGGCCCCAAGUCAUCCGUUGGUUCUGAAGGCCCUUCACUAAGUGAUAUAAACAAAUUGGGGCCAGCAUCCGCUCAACCCGCUGCUCUUGGUGUGACCUCUUCACCUACCUUUGGCUCAAUGGACACUGAGCAACAAAAAUCUGAUCAGCAUCUGCUCAACCAUAUGUCUGGUGUUCACUCUUUGGAUUCUCUUUCUACGCCUUCUGGUAGUGCAAGUACAGUGGAAAAUGAAGCAGAAAGGCAACAGGUGGCGGCUGAACCCAAUCCUAAUAAUGAAAACAAAACUGAUGUUUUCACUGACAACGUUAGUUCAGUUCAGUCAGAAAGUGACGAAGCUGUGAAUGAGGGCGUGAAUACGAACAGUUCAAGCAAGCCAAAGGCAUCUGAGACUUCGCAACCUCCUCCUCUGACAACCUGUGAAGUUGUCACUCCAGAGCCUGCUGUUGUUGCAGCUGAAGUUAGUUCGACAAGCGAGUUGCAUGUUUCCGAUGGGCAACAUGUUACUUUUCCAAAUCAUUUUCAAGUCCCGGAAGCUUUGAAGAAUGGAUUGACUUUUGGAAGCUUUGAUGCUAAUUUUGGACCAAAAGUGGAGUCAGUCAGUUCUUUUGCUGAUGAUAAUAUGGGUGCUUCUUCUGAGGCUAGCGGUGAUGCUUCUAAAGAAUCUUCUCCUAGCGAUCAAAAUGUAUCCUCAAUUGUGCAAGGUGAUUACCUUGAUGAUAAUUCACAACCUUUGCCUCAAGUUCUCGAGAAAUUACAACCUUCUGAGGAUUCAAAGAUUGAACAGUCGAAGCAGGAUACACAGUUUCCUCCAGAAGGGCCUCAGAACCCAUCUGUCAUAGAUGGGACGGCCUAUGGUCUUGGUAUCAUGCCUCCCGUGGUUGGGAGCCACCUUGUACAACUGAAAGGACAUGGAGCUCAAGCUCAUGAAUCUCGUGUCCCUAACUUUGCUAAUGGGAAUUCUCUGGCUCCACCUAGCACAAACGCAUCUCCACCACUGCCGAACUCAAUUGCUGUGUCUCCACAGACGGUUCCUGUUUUCAGGCAGACAUAUCCUCCUAACUUCUUUCCGUAUGGGCACUACCUAUCUCCGUUUUACAUGCCACCAACACCAAUGCACCAGUUCCUAAGCCAUAAUGGGUUUCCGCCACAACCUUCAACUGGGAAUGUGUAUCUACCACCAGCACCAACUGGAGUCAAAUUCUCUGUUCCACAGUUCAAGCCAGGGAACAAUGCUGGAAACCCAACUCAUAUUGGGAUUCAGUCUGCGGGUUCGUUUAUUACUUCCCCUGUUGGUUACACUCAGCCGGUUACAUCUGGAAGUUCUGUUGGUAAUGAAGAUCUAGUCGCAUCUCACCUGAAGGAAAAUCAAAUCUACACCACGGGACAAGUGACUGAAGGUUCAGCCGUUUGGAUUCAUGCUGCAGGACAAGACAUGCCCAGCUUGCAGGUGAAUUCCUUGUAUAACCUCCCUCCUCAAGGACACAUCGCUUACUCGCCUCAACAGUCUGGUCAUGGUACCUUCACCGGGAUGUUCCCGCCUGGUCAUGCUAUGACCACACCAUCAACGCUCUUGCAGCAGUCUCAAGCUAUGGCCGGAGCCAUCGAAACAAUAGGACCCCCAUCCGGUGCUUAUCAGCAGCCUCAGCACGCCCAAGUUAAUUGGAAUACUGCUUUCUGAUUGGUAAUAAACUUUUUCGGAGGCCACAAUGGACAAACACGCCUAAAGUGUGGAUUAAGAUAAAGUCUUUUCGGAGGGGUUCGACGAUACAUUGGCCUGAUCUUGAGUGUAAAUAUAAGAUGCGGCCCAAAAUUUUUGAUAUGAAUCUUUUGUUGGAGAUAUUUGUGAACUGACCAAUUAAGAAAUUGAGGGGGAUAGGUUUGGGGUCUUUUUUU